UAUGUAGCAUUGCCAGUGACUUCAGACAAGACAAGGAUGUUGAGCCUUGGCCUUUGGCUGACUAUCCUAGCCUUCCCCAUUGUGGGGGCACAAGUUCUUACCGCACCUGAACUCAGAGCUGCUAUCAUCAGCAACUGUGAUGCGAUUGAAACGGCUUCUUCGAGCAUAUGUCUAAAUGAUACUCUAAUCACGACAUGUUCCAACUUUUUCGUCAUGGCCGAAAUCUGCAGGUGGACACGUUGUAACUUUAUUCCAGGCUACCCCGACUUUGCCUUGCUCGAAGUUGUAGAGGCUCGUGACUUGGCCGCUUAUCAACUACUAGUCGACCAAUGCGCCGGGGAUACUACUCCAUUGUGUGUGUAUGCACGACAAAUACUUGCCCUGGCACAAAGACAAAAUACAGGAUCAACGGCUGCCCCGGUCACAACUACCAUGGCCACCACAACGACUACGAUCGCAGCGACCACAAGCCUAGGCAUGUGCCCGGUAGGACAGGGAACUAUUGCCUGUGUUACUGCAGCUGCAUGCACCUUUGUUCUGGAUUCCUUUGCCUGUAUGGGCAAUACUGUGUGCUGCGCAUCACCAAUUCCAACCCCAGCUCCGACUACGACUGCAGCACCGCAACCUUGCCCAGUCGGACAAGGAAGUAUCGCCUGUGUUGCUCCUGCUCAGUGUCCUGGGGCUUCCAUUCCUUCAGUGUCCUGCCCGAUAGCCGGUACCGUGUGCUGUGUGGCUCCAUUGACAAUGGCAACCACAACCAUGGCACCAACCACACCUGCACCAAUGUGCCCUGUCGGACAAGGAAGUAUCGCCUGUGUUGCUCCUGCUCAGUGUCCUGGGGUUAACAUCCCUUCUGUGUCCUGCCCGGUGGCCGGUGCCGUGUGCUGUGUGGCUCCAUUGACAACGGCACCCACAACUAUGGCUACAACGACACCUGCACAAAUGUGCCCUGUCGGACAAGGAAGUAUCGCCUGUGUUGCUCCUGCUCAGUGUCCUGGGGUUAACAUCCCUUCCGUGUCCUGCCCGAUAGCCGGUAACGUGUGCUGCGUGGCUCCAUUGACAACGGCACCCACAACUAUGGCUACAACGACACCUGCACAAAUGUGCCCUGUCGGACAAGGAAGUAUCGCCUGUGUUGCUCCUGCUCAGUGUCCUGGGGUUAACAUCCCUUCCGUGUCCUGCCCGAUAGCCGGUAACGUGUGCUGCGUGGCUCCAUUGACAACGGCACCCACAACUAUGGCUACAACGACACCUGCACAAAUGUGCCCUGUCGGACAAGGAAGUAUCGCCUGUGUUGCUCCUGCUCAGUGUCCUGGGGUUAACAUCCCUUCCGUGUCCUGCCCGAUUGCCGGUAACGUGUGCUGUGUGGCUCCAUUGACAACGGCACCCACAACUAUGGCUACAACGACACCUGCACAAAUGUGCCCUGUCGGACAAGGAAGUAUCGCCUGUGUUGCUCCUGCUCAGUGUCCUGGGGUUAACAUCCCUUCCGUGUCCUGCCCGAUAGCCGGUAACGUGUGCUGCGUGGCUCCAUUGACAACGGCACCCACAACUAUGGCUACAACGACACCUGCACAAAUGUGCCCUGUCGGACAAGGAAGUAUCGCCUGUGUUGCUCCUGCUCAGUGUCCUGGGGUUAACAUCCCUUCCGUGUCCUGCCCGAUUGCCGGUAACGUGUGCUGUGUGGCUCCAUUGACAACGGCACCCACAACUAUGGCUACAACGACACCUGCACAAAUGUGCCCUGUCGGACAAGGAAGUAUCGCCUGUGUUCCUCUUGCUCAGUGUCCUGGGGCUACCAUCCCUACCGUGUCCUGUCCGAUGGCCGGUACCGUGUGCUGUGUAGAUCCCGUGGUAACCGCUACAACUAUGGCUCCUACAACUAUAGCCGCAUCUCCGUGCACUACUAGUGGCUUGAACUGUAGGACUGUCUGUGCUCCUGCUUUCGCGAUUGCUGCAGCUUGUCCUGUUGGUUCUGGACUAACGUGUUGUGUUGUGUAAAGGAGCCAUAUGGUGUCUGUUUUAUACUGAAGUUCCCGCUACUGUCAAUAUCUAUGUACAUAUAUGUUGUUGAUGAAAUAAAUAUGAUGUCACAUA